CGACGACGGCAGCUUGUUGUGCGAGAUCCCCAAGUGACCGCCCAUGAGUACAGUCAAGGAGUCGACCGAGAAGCCACAGGCGGCGGACUUUACCUUGGAUCGGGAGCUCGGCCAAGGCAACUUUUCCAAGGUCUUUCUGGGCACGCACCGCGCGUCUCGCGAGCAGUUUGCCAUCAAGGUCAUUGAGAAGCAGCGCAUCAUGCGCCUCAAGAUCCGCCACCCCAACAUCUUUAACGAAGUCAAUAUGGAGAAGGCGGUCCUCAACACGCUCCGCCACCCCAACAUCAUUCGGCUCUACCACACGUACCAAGACGCGACCAACCUGUACUUUCUCAUGGAGUACAUUGCGAACGGCGAGCUAUGGGACGCGCUCACGCUCUGCGGCAAGCAGGUCGGGUGCACCGAAGGCCUCGCCCGCUUCUACGCUGCCGACAUUGUCAACGCGCUCGAGUACCUCGCGUCGCAGCACAUCGUGCACCGGGACUUGAAGCCGGAAAACAUGAUCGUGUCCAAGGUCGACGGUCAUUUGCGGCUCGUCGACUUUGGUACGGCCAAGAACCUCGCGGACCCGGCGCUGAACGGCCCCAACUUUGUCGGUACACCAGAGUACAUGUCGCCCGAGACCAUCGCCAACCAGUCGGUCGACACGAGCAGUGAUCUGUGGGCGCUCGGCUGCAUCAUAUACCAGCUCCUCACGGGAGACACGCCGUUCCAAGGUGGAUCGCCGUACUUGUGCUUUCUCAAAGUCCAAGACGGCGUGUACGACGUGCCGUCUUUUCUCUCCGACCCGGCGCGCGACCUCAUUGCGGCCCUAUUGCAGCCCGACCCGACACGUCGUCUUGGCGCCAAUGGCUUUGAUGCCCUCAAAACGCACGCCUUCUUUGCCGGCCUCAACUUUGAAUCGCACAUGACGAGUUCGCCACCUGUUGCCACGCUCGAAGACAAGUUCAUUUUCGAAUCAGCCAAGCAAGUCCACGCGUACGUGGCGGCGGGCGGUGGCGACGACAAGGUGCCCGCCGUCUUGGCCCAAGCCGUCGCGCUCGCCCACCCGCGCAAGCCGCGCCUCAUGCACGUACUCGAUCGCAUGCAGCUGCUCCAGCACCCCGACGUGUACCUGCGCUUCUUCUCGAGCAUCGGCCUCGGCCGGUGUCUGUAUGCGACCAAGCGCGGGUACGUCGGCCUCACCCACAGCGUCCAGAACGAGUGGAAGCAGUCGUUCACGUUCGCGCACCUCUCGGGGCCUUCACUGGGCAAAGCUGCGGCGACGGCCGAGAUGGAUGCGCUCGGCGGCUCCUCCUGGGCGACGGAGCUCGCGCUCUUUACGGACGCGCUUCUCGCCCUCAACGAGACGCUGCCGGCGCUGCUCGUGCUCUCGGGCAACAUGACACACGCGUCGCCGUCUCAGAAAUUUUACGGUCCGCAGCGCGAUGCGUUCCAGGCCAGCCUUGCGACCUUGGACCCGCGCAUUCGCUUGGUGGUGGUGCCGGGGGACCACGCAGCGGCUGACGUGGCGGCGUAUACGGCCGACUUUGGCGACGACUAUUAUGCGCUCUGGUAUGGCGGCAUGAAAUGCUUGGUUGUCAACUCGUCCUUGUGGCUGCAUGCGGCGUCAGAGCACGCUUUGCAUGAACGCUACUUGGCCCAAGACGCCUGGCUCAAGAAGGAGCUCGAGCACGGUGCGCUCUGCGCCCAAGUGCUUUGCGUCUUGAGCCAUCACCCGCUGUACAUUGCCGAGAGCGACGAGCCGACGCUCUUUGCCGAGACGAAUUGCAACAACAAUGCGCCGGCCGCCCCCUGGAACGUGCCCCGCGAGGUUCGCCUCCCGCUGCUCGAGCUCGUCGGCACAUCCAAAGUCCACGCCGUCUUUAGCAGCCAUUAUACCACACAUGUCCACAACCGGUUUGCGCGCCCUGGCAAGCACAAUGGUGGCGACGACGACGACGACGAAGACGGCGCGCCGCAAGGCGGUUGCUGCGACAUGGUUGUCACUGCGUCGUUUGCCGAGGGUGAGAAGAGCGCCUACCACCGCGUGCACGUCGAGCAGACAGGUCUCUCGAUCACGCGCACGCUUCUCGCAGCGCCGCUGCACGUGUAG